CGAUAGGGAAACUCUUUUCACAUAAGAUUCGUUUAUAGGGCGGCUAGUCAUUUAAAAUAUUUUUUUUUUAAUUUUAACUUCUCUAUUCCGCGAACCAAUACAAAGAUUCGAUAACAAUGAACUUUAGAACAAUUACAUUAAAACAAUUGCAUUGCAAAACAAGUGGCUGUCUUUUCAAACAGUAGUGUGAACAUUUUUUUUGUUGUGUUCAUGAAUAUUAAUGUUGAGGAAUGAAUUCAGAAAAGCUGUUAAACCUCUACAUGUACAUGAAUUCUAUCAUAGCGGGGAAUUUAAGUCCCCUUCUUGUAAGGAAAGCUUUAAGAGCUGUUCAGAUUGUGAUUGUAGAUGUUCAAAGAGAUAUUAAUGCCACAAUUAUUAAUGAUAAAAACCUUAUUCUAGCUUGUCCUAUGGAAAGGGAAUUCCUUGUCGAAUGGAGAGAAGGAUUGAUAGAAUUAUCCCGAGAGUUAACUCAAGCAUUAAGGCGCCAUGCAGAGAGCGAACAAAGGGCAGGUCAUCAAAUGCUGUUUGUGAACCUGACAUACCCAAGAGUUGUAGAAUAUUGGAAACACAUGACUGCUAUGAUAUAUUGGAUCCUUUCAGUGAAAGAUAUUCGAAGAUAUUGACUUUAUCUAC